AUGCCCCGUCGCUGUCACACUAAAUCUCGAAAAGGAUGCAUCCAGUGUAAAGAAAGACACGUCAAGUGUGAUGAGCAACGACCAACUUGCAGCCUUUGCAUAAAGCGGGAGCUAACGUGCAUCUAUGUAACUCCUCCGCCCAGGCGAAAACAUCCUGUAGAUCUCCCCGAAGACGGAAAAGCAAAGUCUACAUCUGGCACGUCGAGUCCUCCCCCCGUCUCGCGGCUACCUAGGCUCGAGGAAAUGAGGUUAUUCCACCAUGUGUUUAUGGUGACCAGUCUCAGUUUCGUCAAGGACGAAGUUGACCGCGAGUUUUGGCAGUCGGUGGUUCCUCGGAUUGCGACGGGUCAUGACUAUGUCAUGGACGGAUCGUUAGCGGUUGCUGCGCUGCAUUUGGCGUCUUUGGAGCCUGAUCAUUCAUCUCACUGGCUUGAGACGGCUUUGACUUACCAGAACUCCGCGAUAACCGGGUUGAGUCAGCACUUAGCGACUAGCAAGCAGAAUUAUGAGGCGUUGUUCAGCUGCUCCAUAUUCAAUCUGAUUUUUGUGACCGCAUAUCCAGGCAUCUAUGGCGAUGGGAAUCCUGUUGACCCGCUGAGUGAGAUUUUGACGAUGCGGUCAUUCUUGAGCGGUACUGCCUUUCUGUUCUUGCAGAUAUAUCACGGCGAGGAGAGGACUGCUAUUGAUCCUUGGGAUCCAAAGAUGAUUGAGCUGCAUAAGACAACCUUGGAGAAACUCCAUUCAUUACGCAUUACUAUCGACACACUGCAAAAUCCCCACCAAGAGAUCUACCGAAGUACUCAUGAUCUACUCCUGAAGGCCAUUGAAGGCUGGCCCACCGAGGAUAGCAUAUCGUGGCCUAUCGAGAUUGGCGAUCCCUUUUUGGACCUGGUCAAACAAGGCCACUGGAUGGCUCGUAUCAUGCUUCUGUUUCACGGGUUGGGCAUGCAUCUCAUGUCACGGAAGUGGUUUGCAAGGGGCUCGGGACGGAGGCUGGUCUUGGGUAUUCUGCAACCGCUUGAGGGCAAAAUCCCCCCUGAAUGGGUGGACAUGACUCGGUGGAUCAGGGAAGCAGUGGAUAUUUGA